CGGACGCGGCGCAGUUUGCGUCCGAGCACGUGACCCUACGCUUCAGAAGGGAAGUCAUCAGCGCGCGCCUCCACACACCCCUCAUUCAUUCACGGACCGUCGGUCAGAUCACUCGUACCAACUUGUUCGUACCCCAACUCAGCAGCCAUGGCCUUUAUGAUGCCCGUUGUGAAGAACGACUACAUGAUCUACCAGCAGAACGGCAGCAGCUCCAAGUCCCGGCGCAGUUCGUCGUGCAGUAUGAGCAGCCGUGCUUCCCGAGGCCCCGCGUCGGGCCAGACCAGCCUGUCCUGUUCGCCGGGCAGCGAUGUCGAGGAGCGGUUACGUGCCGUCGAGUCCGAGCGGGGUACCCGGAGAACGUCGCGUAUCAUGGACGUGCCCGUGGCGCCGAGAUCGGCCUCGCAGUCGUCCCUCUACAAGAAGUUCCACAGCAGGGUCGUGGACAAAUUGAGGAAGACCCUGCGCUCCAAAGACGACUCCGUCGUCAGCACCGAGAACACGUCAGUUGUGCGGAAGAGCGGCCUGGCGUCGUCGUGAUGUUGGCUUCCCCACCUUAGACGUUCCACUGCACCCAUAGACUUGUGACUGUACCGCGGCGUCCGUUAGCACCUUUUGUUACGCGCGAAGUUCUUUUUCGUGGGACCACCGCCUGGUGCUCUCGCGCGGCACCGCGUUCCUUCGGUUCAUAAGCCGCUGUGUACAUACGUAGAGCGCUUCGGAUUUCACGUGCCCUGCGGCGCAGGUAAGGGAGCAUGCCAAGAAAAGGCCCCUGUGAUGUACGUUCGCCCGUGACUGCGACCUAACGGUGCUUGCCUGCUGCCCAACAUCUCUGUCUGCGCUGCAUUCGUCCGGCCGGCCCAACGCGGUCCGAAACACCGCCGCGCCAGUUGUGCUGCUCAUUCCGCGGGCCUUAAGUUAUGUAACGAACGCCGAAUGCAAUUGUGUAUAUAUAUUCUGUGUCUAUUGUAUAUCGCGAUCAUUUGACAUUGUGCAGCCGAUCAACUGCACGAAGAACGCAAGAAAAUGUUUCAAUAAACGGCGCGGUAGAUCCUUGGCCCCUUACAGGGCGGGUCUGCCGGCCUUAACGAGCA